AUGCAUUCAGCUGUUCAAGGAACAUUUUUAAAUGAGCAAAGAUUCCUCAGAAUGUCUUUAAACGUAAAAGGUCUUUCUUUUACAGAAUAAAAAGACAAAACCAAUAUUGAUGACUAUAUUUUCCAUCUGAAUUCUAAAAAUUUUGAUGUUGAAAUCCAGCUUUUCUCACAAGAGACGUAUCAAGAAGCUCUGGAUCUUAAGGAACUGGGUGAAGAUAUUUUGAAAUUGGAUAUUUCUGCCAUAAUAUAUAAUAUUUAAGACAUGCUUACUGAUAGUGGAAAUUGCUAUAUGUGGUUUGAAUAAUAAUCUAUAGACUUACAAACUAUAUUUAAGGAUCGAUCGAUUCUUCCUCAAAUAGUUUACACAAGACCAGUGGGUGAAAUGCAAUUCCAGCUUAUUAAACUAAUCUCUAAAGAAAAAAUGAACAUGGGAUAAUCCCAAUAUGAUGGCGAUGGAGUUCCAAAAUGUUAUGAUAGUCUUGAUGGUCUAGCAAGACCCAGAGCAGUUGGGAAGGCAACCUUCUAAUCUUGUCUCGGACAGCUUGACUCUGAGGAUAUAGUGGACCUCGCUUGUGGUGCUGGGCAUUUCACGCAAUUUUACAAAGGCCUCACAAACGGAGAAGUCUGGGGAAUGGAUUAAAGCAUCGAUAUGAUAGAACUUGCUAGGCAAUAAGCUGCAAUAAAAGGGAAAGAUGAUAUAGUAUUCACCUAUUGCGACUUGAGUGAGAAACUUAAUAUCAUCAAGAAGUUUGAUAUAGUGAGUAGCUCCUUCUUGCUAGACCAUGCUGAAUCGGUUGAGAUGUAUGAAGAUAUGGUCAGAGCAAUGUAUAAUCUCCUGAAUCCCAAAGGCAUAGUGAUUGGAAUGACUACUGCUGCUUUAUCUUAGGAAGAUCUUGAGGUAUUUCAGGAGAGGGAAGGCGUAAUCUUUGACAUGGAAUCCAGCGGCUUCGAUUCUGAUGGUAAACGUCUCAUCUUCUAGAUUCAGAAUCAUCAAGCUGGCAAAGAAGUUGUGAUAGAAUACUUCUAUUACACAACUGAAACAAUUGAGAAGAUUUUCAGAAAGGUCGGCUUUGAAGACUUCAAAUGGAUUCCCACAGUUGUGCCUCUAGCAAAAGAUGGCUCAAAGAUUGAGGAAUUCUCAUUCAACUAGGAUCUCUUAGUGUUCUAAGCAACUAAGAAAGAUAACAGCUUCUACAAGAAUAACUAGAUCGCUGCCUACAACAAGUCUAAGGCCUAAGCCCCUGCUCGAAAAACUGACGAUGCUCUCUUCAAAAGAAUUCUCGGUGAUAUUUCAACGGAAGACAUUCUUGAUCUAGCAUAUAUUCAGAAGAUGAUGAUCUAGUCCGCAAUUGAACUUGGAGGCGACAUUCAUUAUUUGGUUUCUGAUUGUGCAGAGCUUAAUCCAGAAUAGCUUCCUAAAUUUAACAUUGCUGUUUCAUCUUUUCUUCUAAGUUAUGCUGACAAUUUUGAAAAACUGUUAAAAUUCGUGCAAAAUGUGUACGAUGUCUUGAAACCAAACAGCAGAUUUAUUGGGCUAGAAAUGAAUCCCUUUUUUGUACCAAAGAGUGAUGGUAAACAGCAUUCAAAGUAUGGAAUUGCUUUUGAUAUUCCUUCAUUACCUUUAAAGGACGGUGAUGUACUUCCUCACAAACUUGUAGAUAUUGAGAAUGGAGAGGUUCUUCUAGACUCUUUUACCUUUUACACUUCCUCAUCAAGCUUCAACAAAGCAUUUAACCAAGUUGGAUUCACCGAUUUCAAGUUCAUUCGCCAUGCCCUACCAGAUGAUCUUAGAAAAUAGGAAGAAUUUUUUAAGGAUUUAAUUGCAGAUCCUUUCACAAUUGGAUUCACGGCUAUCAAAAGAUGA